AGAGAGAGAGAGAGAGAGAGAGAGAGAGAGAGAUGCGGAAGAGAAAGGGGCGAUCGGAGAAGGCGGAAACCCUAGCCGCCGCCGGAGGAUCGGCGGAGAUCGGAGAAGAAGGAGGAGGAGGAGGAGGAGGGAAAGGAGAUGGAGAUGGGAAGUUCUUCGCUUGCUACCUCUUGGCCUCCCUCAGCCCUCGCCACAAAGGCCACACCUACAUCGGAUUCACGGUGAACCCUAGGCGGCGGAUCAGGCAGCACAACGGGGAACUGAUGUGCGGGGCGUGGAGGACCAAGAGGAAGCGGCCCUGGGAAAUGGUCUUCUGCAUCUACGGCUUCCCCUCCCAUGUCUCCGCUCUUCAGUUCGAAUGGGCCUGGCAGCAUCCGAGAGAAUCCUUGGCCGUAAGGACGGCAGCCUCGGAAUUCAAAUCCCUGUCUGGGAUAGGCAACAAGAUCAAACUGGCAUACACAAUGCUUAAUCUCCCAUCUUGGCAAAGUUUCAAAAUCAGAGUGAAUUAUUUUUCAACAAAAUACACAAAGCAUUCUGCUGGUUGCCCGAGUUUGCCCGAGCACAUGAAGGUUCAGAUUUGCCCCAUGGAUGAGCUCCCGUGCUAUUCUGAUGGAAUUGCAGUUUCGAUGCCAGACGAUGAAUGGGAAGGUGAGGCGGAGGUAGAUGACAAGGAUUGUAAUGCUCACAGAUUGGAGGAGCAGUUGGUAAGAGAUGAAACGAUUAAUAAUCUGCGCAACGAUGAACCAUGGGUACACCGGCCCAUUUAUGGAGAAGAUUAUGGUGCCGGCUUUUUGCCAGUUGGAGUACAAUCUUCAGUCAACCCCAGCUCUUUUUCCUCAGAUGAAGGGAGGAGUGCCAAGUUAAACAACCAGUUAGAAGAAAAAUUGCCUGAGACAGCGUCGACUGCUAAUAACAGCCAAGAGACCAGUAGAUGUAUUGCGUCUGAGGAAAUUGAGAUCAUAGAACUGUUCACCCCAUCGCCGAAUUGCACAUCUUCUUCGGGUAAGAGGAGAAGGGUUUCUACCAUUUGUCCUGAAAUUAUUGACUUGACUCAGUCUCCCAUUUUUGUCUAAUUAUAGAGCGUAGGAUGCUGUAGUUUAACUUCAGAAUAAUGAUGGAAUCAUCUGUAAUAAGGAAGUGCUUCCAAUUGUGCUUUAAUAAACGUAUGCGAAGUAGAUCGCUUCUGGCGAUCAGGUUCCUGUAAA